AUGCCCUUGAUGGAGUCUGGAUCACCAGAUAUUCCUCCAGCGGAUAUGCCUUCAAAUGAUCUGCCCGAUCGUUUACCAUUCCCACCCAUCACAUACUCGCAUAUUCUUCAUUGCUCCUACCAUGAUUGGCACCAGCGCUACCGACCUCUUGCGCCUAAGUCGCGCGUUAUUCCACUUUCAGAUCAAUUCGUCUCCUACCUUCGCGCCGACGGCAUACUCCUCCCACCCGAACGACGCCGCCCCCGCGAAGGCGACGAACUUGACACAUAUUCCGACGAAGAAGAAGAAGAUAGCGAAGCCUCCGAUCCAUCAACUGCCUGGCCUGAAAUCCACACCGCAAUCUGCAACACAAUCCGCGACUUCGGCGCCGUAACCCCAAAACUCAACUGGAGCGCCCCGAAAGACGCAACCUUCAUGUCCGCCACCAACGACACAAAAUGCAGUACCGCAAACGACAUAUACCUGCUUCUGAAAAGUAGUGAUUUUAUCACGCAUGACCUGGAACACCCCUUCGAUGAUUGCGUGCCGGACUCCGACCCCUCGACUACCGCAGCGACAGACUCCGUGAUUCCGCAGGUACCAUACCAUCUGGUACUGCGCAAGUUCGCGAACUUCAAUCCGUCGCUGGAGUUCAGGUGUUUCGUGCGCGGGCGAAAGUUGCUGUGUAUGUGUCAGCGAGAUCAGAACUAUUACGAUUUUCUGUUCGGGAUGCGGGAUUUGCUGCGCGCGCGGAUUCAGGCGUUUUUCGACGAGAAGCUGAAGAAUUCGUUUCCGGAUCCGAACUUUGUAUUUGACGUCUAUGUGCCGGCACCACAUCAGCGGGUUUGGUUAAUCGACAUUAAUCCGUGGGCGCAACGGACUGAUGCGUUGCUUUUUAGCUGGCUGGAGAUUCUGAGGAUGAAGGAUCCUAUUGGAUUUGAGGAAGAAGAGGAUUCAACUGGCGAGGGAGGGUUCGUCCGAUUGUCACUACAUGAUGGGACAAUUUUGACGUCUGAGAGUGGCGAAGAGCCACUUGAUGAUAGCGGAUCUGAAGAUGAGGCAGACGAUGCUGCGCACCACGAGGGCGAUGAUGAGAUGGCACCUUUCUUACCGGAGGUUCGACUGGUCAAGAAGAAUGAUCCGGAGGCGUACUCAUUUUCUACGCCGCAGUACUCUGCUCACAAGGUUCCUAAGGAUGUUGUUGAUGCAUCAUUGGCUGGGGUCGGAGGCAUGAGCGAAUUUAUGGGCAAGUGGCAGGAUAUUAUGGCGCAGCAGAUGCGAGAAGCGCGUGAUGAAGACAGUGACUCCGAUUAG